AUGGACAUAGAUUUCAGUCAGAUUGACAUAGACGGGUUCUCUGUAGACGAUCUCAGGCGCCUAGUGGAUAUUUCGGAGUGGGAGACCCCAGACAGCUCAGGAAAUCAUUCUUCCCCCGGUUCUUACACCCAGGAAGUCCAGAACUACACUCAUUAUCCUUCACAAGAACCCAAUUACAUGGGAUCUCCUGUUUCUACCAAUUAUGAGCUCAAUGCCGGAUACCCGCCCCAAGCUUAUACCAACAACCCUUCAGCCAUCACUCCCAGGCCUCAGCCUGAGGGAUACGUACAAUGCUGCGGCAAAUCAUGGAAGCUAGGAUCAAAAUACACAAAACACUACAACCGCUGCCACAACCGCCGAUUCAAAUGUGCAUUCUACGAAGACUGCCAGUACGGUGCAGGAGAGGUCAAGGACUUACACAGACACUACUGGGUGUACCACGAGGCAUAUGCGAAGGAAAACAACAUCCCCAGCCCGCGAGCAGAGUGUCCAGCUUGUGGACAGCCUUUCGGUCGGAAAGACCGCGUCCGUCGGCAUCUUUCACGGUUUCCUUCAUGCCGUAAGAAGCUGGCGCUUAACGAAAAGUCCUAG